UUCAGAGAUUCCCAACGCAAAUCACUGUGGUUCCGAGUCCCCAUCUGCACAAGCACUCACCGACAUCGAGAGAUACAUAUUUGCCUAUAAUGUACCGCCCCAUAACCCAAGCCCUAGCCCGAACAACCCGCACCGCUCUCCGCCCCCACCACAUCACCCCCCUCACCCGCCUCGCCUCCACCACCGGCCCCUCCACCCCCGAAUUCCCCGACUGGUCCCGCAAACCCCCCGUCCCCGACGACCCCACCCAACCCGACUACCUCCCCCUCAUCCAAAUUCCCCGCCCCGUUCGCCCCGCCUCGGAGCCCACGGAAACCAAACGCGCGCGCCUGGUCUACGCAUCCCGCAAGCGCGGGAUCCUCGAAACCGAUCUGAUUCUCUCCACCUUUGCCCGCGACCACCUUGGGACUCUAACCCGGGAAGAGCUGAUUGAGUAUGAUGACUUUCUGGAGGAGAAUGAUUGGGACAUUUAUUAUUGGGUUACGGGCACGCCCGGGAAGAUUGUGCCGCAGAGGGUGAAGGAGUUCAAGGUGUUUCCGAGGUUGGUGGAGCAUGCGAAGAAUAAGGGGAGAAGGAUUUUGAGGAUGCCGGAUUUGGAUUAGAUGCGUGGAUUGGUGCUGG